AUGACCGAGCUGUGUCGUCGUUCUACAGAGCUCUUGAGAAUCUAUCGUGAUAGUGCGAGUGUAGAAGACCAGAGGAUUAUUGAUGGGAUUUGGACGAUGUUCCAUGAAGAGGCUACUCAGCCACGUACGGCGAUAUCGACGCCUAGUUCGGAGAAUGAUGAAAUGUUGGAGAGCGUUCAGACUUCUGUUCUGGAGCUGAAGCAAGAACAGGUGGAGAGCAGGCAGAGUUCUGAGUUUCGUCAAGAACCGGAACAGCGAGGGACGUAUCCUGGCCCACUGCCAUUCUACGGCGGCCUGCCAACAGUAGCACCCAUGAUCGCGGACGAUACACACACAUACUAUGCAACCUAUGGCGCUUAUAACGAUACGAUAACGAGCACAAACCUCGGCGUUUGGGAUGCAAACUCUUGGUGGGGUGACGCUCGUUAUAUGGAACAACCAUAG